AUGGCCGGAGGAGACGAUGGCGAGACGGCUCAGGCCAUCAACCCUUACUUGGAGAACCAACUCCUCUCCAACUACCUCUACUACAUCCUUGCCAUCAUGGCAGCCUUGGUGAUCACCCACAAAGUAUACAUCACCCUCAUGAGAUAUGUGCGCACGGUGUCGUCCCUGAACAACAACACUCAGUCCUACUUCGCCCAGGAGUCAUGGGGCCAUGCCUUCUUCAAGAGGAGCCUGCAGUACGCACCCGUCUUCCGCAAGAGACACAACCGCGAGUUCCAGGUCAGCUCCGCCAUCAACAUGGGCACCCUUCCCACCAGGCUCCAGCUCUUUGGUCUGAUCGGCUACUUUGCCACCAACGUAGCCUUCUGCUGCAUCGACAUCCAGUUCCAGGGCAACUUUAAGAGCUGGACCGAGAUGUUUCUGUACCGGACCGGUGUUCUGGCCGUCGUCAACAUGAUCCCCCUGUGGUUGAUGGCCGCGCGCAACAACCCGCUGCUGACGUGGCUGGGCAUGUCUUUCGAUACUUUCAACUUGCUUCACCGAUGGUUGGGCCGUAUCGUGGUGCUCGAAGCGCUGGCUCACACCGUUUGCUGGAUGGCCUCGAAGGGAUUGCCAUUCGCCACCGUCAUGGGCAUCACAACGAAGAGCCCCUUCCUGACGUUCGGCCUCAUCGGUACCAUCGCGUUUCUGUUCAUCUUCAUCCAGGCGUGCAGUGUCUCGAGGCAUGCCUUCUACGAGACCUUCAAGAUUCUCCACAUCAUCGCUGCCGCUGUGUCCAUUGUUGGUGUGUGGUACCACCUCAAGCUCAAGGACUUGCCCCAGCUGAAGUAUCUGUACGCCGUUGUUGCCCUGUGGUCCUUUGACCGCGCUGCUCGCCUGAUCCGCCUUGCCUACGCCAAUGUUGGUUCAGGCGGCACCAAGACUCUCGUCGAGGCUCUCCCUGGCAACGCUGUCCGCGUCACCGUCAACAUGGCCCGCCCCUGGGCAUUCGCUCCAGGACAGCAUGCGUACCUGUACUUCCCCAGCAUCAGCCUGUUGCAGUCGCACCCUUUCUCUGUCGCUUGGAGCGAGGAGACCGACUCGUAUGAUGGGGAAAAGCUUCCCAUGGACCGCAACGAAAUUCUGUCGAUGCGCAAGACCAGCAUGGCCUUUAUUAUCCGAGCCCGGACGGGCGCCACCGGAUCUCUCUACAAGAAGGCAGCAGCAUGCCCCGAUGGCAGAUUGGUGACCUCGUGCUUCGUGGAGGGUCCUUACGGCGGCGACCACAAGCUGCAAUCGUACGGCACAGCCAUGCUCUUCGCAGGUGGAGUCGGCAUCACCCAGGCCGUGCCUCACGUGCGCGAUCUCGUCGCCGGGUACAACAAUGGCACUGUUGCAGCGCGGAAGAUCGUGCUCGUCUGGAUCAUCCAGAGCCCCGAGCACCUGGAGUGGAUCCGCCCUUGGAUGACCGAGAUCCUGGCCAUGGAGCGUCGCCGCGAGUGCCUGCGCAUCAUGCUCUUCGUGUCGCGGCCCCGUUCCACCAAGGAGAUCCACUCCCCCAGCGCGACCGUGCAGAUGUUCCCCGGGCGACCCAACAUCGAGCACCUGAUUGGUGCGGAGAUGGAGAACCAGGUCGGCGCCAUGGGCGUCACCGUGUGCGGUCCCGGCGCGCUGAGCGACGAGGUGCGGUUAGCCGUGCGAAACCGACAGUACAACGGCACUAUCGACUUCUGCGAAGAGGCCUUCAGUUGGUAA